GUUCGGCAACUGAUAGGUUUGUUCACUUCCGCUUGUUCUGCUCGUCGAGCUAGUCAUGGUGCUCUGGUGCUGGAGUAUUCAUCGGCGGCUCCACGGCAUGGUGCCAUGACGUACCAGUACGAUGAUAUACUUUUGCGUCCUCAACGUGAAGUAUACGUUGGUAACCACGCGAUUGCCAUCGGUUACACGCACUAAUACUGUAUGGAGCACUCAUAACACAUUAUUACUCGCUUGCAGAAGCACAGAAGGUAGACCCUUUCGAUUGAGUUCGGAUAAUGGCGGCGGUUAACCCAUCACCAGUCAUAUCGCACUUGGCAUCUCGCCAUCUGCCAACCGCCGCCUGCCAGCUGUCAUGGGCCGUCCUGAGAGCCGUCAACCUCCCCGCAUUGGUCGCCGCUUAUUCCUCCGCAUCUAACGGCGAUCGGAAUCUAUCAGCCCAUCUCCAUACCACCGAACGCAUUCCACCACCAUCUCAAGAAGCCACCCUGCACAGAAUUGCAGUCAAGGACUCACACACAAUCGCAGUCCCGACCUCCGCAUCCCAUGGCCUACGGAACCCUUCCGAUCUCCCCGGCUCCUCCCUCCACCAACCACCAGCUUCCCACUACCAACAUUCCGCCGCCAUCCGUCCUCCCCGAGCCUCUUGGCCCGGGCACCGAGCCUCAGGUUCGGGGUCCUCCAUCGCUGUCGCAGGUCCGACGUGUGUUUCCCUCGCCGAUUGGCUCUUUAGGCGAGGCCUGAGCAUGGACCGGGACGGGGGGGAGCGUGGGGACACGGGGCUCAGCGAUAUGGGUCCGGGGAUGGGCCUGGGGCGGGAAGGCCCGUCCGCUCAGGCGCUCAUGCCGCCGGGUCCGCGGGACGAUUUUCGCGUGGGAGGGGGGGCGGGGGAGGGCGCGGAAGCGGAAGGCGCGGAGGUGGUGGAGGACGAUCACCUACCCGCGGACGACCAGGAGGUGGUGCUGGACUCGGUGGUGAAGGUGUUCGCCGUGGGCAGCAGCCCCAACUACCGGCUGCCAUGGCAGAACAAACCGCAGCGCGAAGUCACGGGCUCAGGGUUCGUGAUCAUGGGCCGUCGGAUCCUCACCAGCGCGCACAUCGUGGCCGACCAGGCGUUUGUGCUGGUCAGGAAGCACGGGUCGCCCAAGAAGUACCUCGCACAGGUGCAGGCAGUGGCGCACGAGUGCGACCUGGCGCUGCUCACAUUUUGGGCGGGGCUGAACCCCCUGCCCCUGGGGGAUGUGCCCCAGCUGCAGGAGUCGGUGGCCGUAGUGGGUUACCCACAAGGCGGCGACAACAUCAGCAUCAGCAUGGGCGUGGUGUCUCGUGUCGAGCCCACCAAGUACGCGCACAGCGGUGCGCACCUGCUGGCCAUUCAGAUCGACGCUGCCAUCAACCCGGGGAACAGCGGCGGCCCGGCGCUCGUGAUGACACACGUGCCCGUGCUGGCCGACAGCAGUGGCACCGGUGAGAGCUGCAGCAACAACGGCAGCAGCAGCAGCAACAACAGCAGCAGCAGGGAUGUGACACAGUCACACCGCAUACAGUCACAAUUGCAGGGGACGCCUGGUGGGAGGGCAGGGAGCGGGCGGCAGAGAUCGAUACUGGAGGACGAGGACGAUCUCCCAGGCUUUAAGGGGCUGGACUGGGGGGAGGAAGGUGGAGAGGGGAUGAUGCGGCUGGGGAGAGAAGAUGGGAGGGGGGAGAGGGAGGAGGAGGGGGAGGAGGAGCGGGGGAUUGGAGGGGGGUGGGCGGAGAUCGAGGCGGAGCGGGCGGCGGAGGAGGCGGCAGCGCGGGCGCCAGUGGCGAUGAGGGUGGAGUACCAGGCGGUGGGGGUGGCGUUCCAGAACCUCACCGGCGCCGAGAACAUCGGCUACAUCGUGCCCACGCCCAUCAUCCACCGCUUCCUGCACGACGUGGCGUUGCACCACCACCACUUCCGGGGCUUCUCCUCCUUGGGGGUCUCCUGCCAGCCGCUUGACAACUGGCAGCUGAGGGAGCACCUGAAGCUGCCACGUGGCGCCACGGGCGUGCUGGUGAACGCGGUGCAGCCAAUGAGCGAGAGCAGCAGGUGGCUCAAGAAGGACGACGUGCUAACGGCGUUUGAUGGCGUCCAUAUUGCCGAUGAUGGGUCAGUGCUGUUCCGCAAGCGUGAGCGGCUGCCGUUUGACUAUCUGGUGUCGCUCAAGGGGAGUGGGGAGCGGGCGCGAGUGUCGGUCUACAGAGGAGGGCAGCUGAUGCACUUUGAAAUCACCGUCGAUACGCUGCCCCCGCUGGUGCCAGCACAGCAGUUCGAUUCUGCCCCCAGCUACUUCAUAUUCGCGGGGCUGGUCUUCAUGCCGCUCUCCCAGCCCUACCUGCACGAGUACGGCCCCGACUGGCUCCACGCCUCGCCCCGCCGUCUCUGUGACCUCGCCCUCAGGAACCUGCCGGAGAAACCCGGCCAGCAAAUAAUUAUCCUCUCCCGGGUGCUGCCUGACGAAGUCAAUAGUGGCUACGAGCGCCUGGCAGACCUGCAGGUGCUAAAGGUGAAUGGGGUUGAAGUGGAUAACAUUCAGCAGCUCAGAGACGCCGUGCUGGAGACAUCUGGACCGUUCGUGCGCUUCGAUCUGGAGGACGGGCGAAUCAUCGCCAUCGACAUAGCAGCUGCCAGAAAGUCCAAUGCCCAGAUUCUGCGGCGCUACCGCGUGCCAAGUGCGUCCUCCUGGGAUCUCCGCCAAAUGGCUGACAGCCACAGCCAUGGCGGCCACAGCCGCUUCUGACAGCCACGUCUGGCAGCCGUGUCUGGCAGCCGUGUCUGGCAGCCAUUCUGGCACUGGCAUGCACAGUCGACACGUCUAUUCCGACACAGUAGGAUGUUAGCACUGAUAUGUCCAGAACCCCUGGUACGGCCCUGGCUGUAGAGCGAAGGGAUGAAUUUGCACGGGUUGUAGGGGAUCUUUAUGUUGGGUAAUUUCUUACUACGUGCUGGUACAGCAUGUCAUGUUGGCUGGCACCCAAGUUUACCAACUGUAAAACAGUUGGUUGGGACUAAAACGACUGAUUGGCCGGCAAGCUGUAGGCACCAGUGAAAUCGCCUGCAAUUGCAAUUCACGCACCCUCGUGACACAACCUGGGUUUUCCCAACCAA